UUCCUAUCUUAUAAUUUAUAGGGAAUUUUUCUACAUAUUAGAAAGUAGGGAAUUUCUUAUUCGAUUCGUUUUCGUAAAAAUAAAAAUUUUAAUGAAGUUAUUAUGUAAUAUACCCUUUUCAUUAAAAUGACAAAAAAUAGAAUAUCGCUAAUAAUCCCAAGUAAUUGCAAUGAAAAAUCUAUGGCGUUUUAUUCUCCUGACGUUUCUUUACAAGGCUAUUUCUUAAUUUCUAAUCUGAUUGAGAGAUUUCUUCAAAGGACCCUUGUGAUCCACUGUAACAGUUCGAUUAUCGACCCGAAUGUCGUUAAUGAAUGAAUUGCACCAUUUUAAAGUCAUUUUGAAAUAGUAGUUUUAAAAGUUUAUCUGUAGGUCUGUAUUAACUGACGAAAUACGUAAUAAAAAUUGAUGCGAGACUUUUCAUUGUAGAGACUACUAAUUAGGAAAUAGUUAAGUAAAUUUUAUUCGGUAAUUCUUUCCUUUUCGCAUCGAUGAUAAUACGGAAUAGCUGUUAGCCUCCGAAUACAGUAGGCCUCCAUUCUAUUUUUAGUGAGGAUGAGAUGAUACUUUCUCUAUUUUUCACGCUUUGUUCACUCUGCCCUAGUUCUCUGCCGACCGUUUUUAACGCUGACCCCAAUUAUCGUAUGUGUUGUGUAAUUCGAUCGAUGUCACUUCCGUUCCGACGUUUACCACCGCGCGUUUUAGCUCGAUUUUUAAAGCACACCUACGCUAUUGCCGUUGCCAGACGGAUUUUUACUGUAGUCACUCUCCACUUAGUUUUUCGGAAUCUGGUUGAGAAUAAAUAAGUGACGUGCGCGCGAAUAUCCGAUGCGUAAUACGUAGAAAAUACUAUAGAACAAUAUUUAUAUUAUUUUUAUUUGCCUGCCGUUUUUCAACCGGUGGACGGACCAUGAAAGAUACUGGAAGUGUUUGCGAUAACAAAGCUUCCGUUUUGAGAAGCAUUCGCAUUACUUACGAUAUAGACGCUAAAUUAUACGGAAACGUAAUUUUGGCGACUAAGCCACGAUUACAUCGUGGUUGCGAGUUUCAUUUUUGUUGGAGGAAAGGACGAAUAUCCAAUAAUCAUAUCGGAUCGUUGACUAAUGGCUGUUGCCCAUCAGCAUGGAAGAAAUUAAGAAAUAUUGUUCACUGGUCACCUUUUGUCCAAACUUAUAAAAAACAAAGAUAUCCUUGGGUACAACUUGCUGGUCAUCAAGGAAAUUUCAAGGCUGGCAACCAUGGUACAAUACUAAAAAAACUAUGUGGAAGAGAAGAAAUAUGUUUGGAACAGUUGAUGAAAGAUAGUCUAAAACCAUUCAUUCCAGAAUAUAAAGGAAGAAUUGUAUCAGAUGAUGGUGAAAUAUACUUAGAAUUACAAGAUUUAUUAGGUGGUUUUGAAAACCCAUGUGUUUUGGAUGUUAAAAUGGGAAUAAGAACAUAUUUAGAAGAUGAAUUAGCAAAAGCUAGAGAAAAACCAAAAUUAAGAAAGGAUAUGUAUGAUAAAAUGAUCCAAAUUGAUUCUGAAGAACCAACGGAAGAGGAAAAUAAGAUGAAAGCAAUUACUAAACCACGAUACAUGGUUUGGAGAGAGACUAUUAGUUCUACAGCUAGUCUUGGGUUUCGGAUAGAAGGAAUUAAGCAACCUGAUGGUACAUCAAGUAGAGAUUUCAAAACAACUAAAAGCAAAGAACAAGUAUCUUCUGCUAUAGAAAUAUUUACUAACGGAUAUCCACAUGCAUUGACAAUGUAUCUUCAGAGGUUAAAAUCUAUAUAUUCUACACUUGAAACAUCUGAAUUUUUUCUGACACAUGAAUUUAUUGGAAGUUCUUUGCUAUUUGUUCAUGAUAAGCACAAGGCUAACAUUUGGCUAAUAGAUUUUGCUAAAACAUGGCCCCUUCCAGAAGGUGUGCAUGUAUCUCAUUGCAAAUAUUGGAACGUUGGAAAUCAUGAAGAUGGUUAUUUAAUUGGUUUGAAGAAUUUAAUCAACAUAUUUCAAGAAUUAAUAGGCAGAAAAAAUGAAAAGAAAUUUGAACUAUUAAAUGAAGAAAAGAAAUCUUUGUAAUAUAAGUGUCAUAUUACAAUAUUUUAUACAGUAUAUCUAGAUAACAAUUUAUGCAAUAUUCCAAAGUUAAAUACAGUAAUAAUAAGCACAGAUGAAUCUUUUUUUUAUAUUCUUUACAAAUUAUAGUUAAACAAUUUUAUAAUAUUACCUUCAUAAUAGUUAGCAUAUUGUUAAAUUUAACAAAAUGUACAAAGUUAUCAUCAGCCAGUAAGGAGUCAUCCUUACUAUGAGGGAUCAGAGUUCAAGCCCAAUCCAAACACUAUAAUUUAUCACAUAUGAAGAUGUUCCUCAUUUCUUACUCAUGCUGGAUGACUUUAUUGUAGAUCAGGCCCAUCUAAAAUCGAUACAAUUUCAGCUGGUCAUUAAUCCUAAAACAUUAAUGCCUCAUAACUAAUCCAUCAUGAAAAGUUGUCAGAUUAUGAAAUCUAAGGAAUAUUUUUGUCAAUAAUACUUCAAAAAUUCCACAUGUAAAUUUAUCAGAAACUUUUUUUUAUUGGAAUUAUAUACAAUUAAAAUUUUAUAGUUGUACUCAGUCAAAUUUUGAACAUAUUUUUAUACUCUGCCAUUAAUUAAUAAUAAUAAAUUAUUACAAACUAAAAUCAUUUCAUAAAAUGUUAUGCUAUUAUUCAUUACAUGUUAAUUAAAGAGUAAUCAGUUUUAAGGCAGGAAUUAUUUUUUUCUUUAUUUCUAAACACUUUUGAAAUCCAUUCAUUUUGUGUUCAGAAGAAUGCAAUAUCUUUACAAUUAGCAUUCCAAUUCUCAAAAACAUUUAAGGAAAAACAAAAUGAAAAAAAUGUUACUCAAAGUUGAAUUAUUCUUUAAAUGUUUAAAAUUGUAUUCUAUAUACAUUUUAAACCUUUGUAAAAUGUAUAUAGAAUUAUAGUUUAAAUCCAAAUGUAAGUUGUUGCAUCAUUCCUUGGGACCAAUAAUAAGAAAUUUUAAUUUAUCUCUUUUAAUUUUACAUAUUUUACUUUCUGAUCUAAAUACUUUCUUAUAAAAAGUACAAAAUUUAACCUGUUUUAAUGAUUCUGUUGGCUAAACAUACUUAAUAUAUCAUUUCUAUCUUUAUUUUAACAAAAACUUUUUUAUGAUUGGAAAUUAUUUUAAAAAACCUGAUGGGAAUAAAAUUUAAAUUAUAAUGCAUUACUAGAAACUUUGAAUUCAGAUCUGUUAAUUACAAUAAGAAUAUAAUUGCCAAUGUUAUUAAAUGUUAUUGCAGAUUAUUGGAAAACAUUCCAACAAAAUGAAAAUUUUAUAUUUAGAAUUUAUUUCUUAACUGGUUUUAACUUCCAUAUAUAACUAUUUCUUAAUAAAAACUAAUUUGGUAAGAUAUUCUUGUCCUUAAUCAGUGUUUACUGAUUAAUCUUCCAGAAACUAUAAAACUUGAUUCAUUAUUUUGAAUAUUUUAAAAUUUUAAUGAUUAUUAUUUUAAUUAUAAAAUAAGAUAUACUAUUUGAUUCUGUUGCAAUGUAUAAUAAUAAUAUAUAACAAUGGAGUACAACAUAAUCCAAGUGAUUUUUAAGCUUUAUGUACAUCAGGAUAAUUACUGGCAUUUUGCCUAUUCUAGUCUAGUUUGUGUCUGUUAAAUAUAUUUAUUUGAUGUAAAAUUAGUAAGAUAAGCAAAUUUCUCAGAGUUUGUGAAUUUCUAUGCUUUGAGAUAUAAGAAUGAUCUUUCAGACUAAUGCAAACUAUUACACUAUCAACCAAUUUAAAUUUAAUUUAGCUGUGCCAUUUAAUUUUAGUUGAUAUAUCAUCAUCUUGGUGCUGUUUUUCACUGCAAUUAUAAUUCUUUUUCAAUAAUAAUUGUUGAUGACAUUGUAUAUUAUUGCUAUUCAGUAAAAUAAAUGUAUACAUAUUAUUCAUGGUUCUGUGAAAUGAAUCACCAUAUUGUACUUUCUUAGAACCAUAACUGUACUGUACAUGAUUUCUGAAUUUGAAGCUAAUAGUAAAUAUUUACUGUCUUCAAACUCAAGAAAUUUAAGGAGUUUAUGUAUAUAUAUAUA